UGUUGGGUUUCUGUUUAUUUAUUUGCUUUUAGAGAUACACAUGCUUGCUGGUAGUUAUUUCAGUUUGCUCUAUAGUUUUAGUUUUAGUGAUUUUAUAUGGGUUCUGUUUGUCGGUGGUUACUUGUGGUUUUUCUUUUGUCUUUUUUCGUUUUCUGGGUUCUGUUUUUCUUGGGAUUUUGCUUUGAAGCGUGUACUAUAUGAAUAGAACAUGCUUUUUUUUUUGGGGGGGGUGUUUGUCACUUUCUAAAUUUGUUAACUUUAAUGCAAAGUUUGUUCAUUUCUUUUCGUUUUCACAAAGAUCUCACAGCCUCUCUCUAAUCUAAAGCUAUCUCUUCCUCAUUGGUUGGGCGUGUUUGUGAAGUUGACAAAUCCUUAGAAGCCAAUUAUGGGGGAGCCGCUUGGGCAGCUAAAAGUGAUGGUUGUGCAAGGAAAAAGAUUGGUAAUCCGGGAUUUCAAGAGUAGCGAUCCUUAUGUGAUAGUCAAGUUAGGCAAUCAGACUGCAAAGACCAAGGUUAUCAAUAGUUGCCUUAAUCCUGUUUGGAAUGAAGAACUAAGUUUCUCCCUCACAGAACCUGUUGGAGUUUUAAAUUUUGAAGUGUUUGAUAAAGAUCGUUUCAAGGCAGAUGACAAGAUGGGGAAUGCUCACCUCAGCCUUCAGCCAAUAGUCUCUGCCGCUAGGUUGAGAAAGAUUCUGGGGGUUUCUUCUGGAGAGACAACAUUAAGGAAGGUAGUCCCAGAUGGUGACAACUGUCUUGUUGGAGAGAGCUCUAUUUGUUGUGUAAAUGGUGAAGUUGUGCAGAGCGUUUGGUUAAGGCUUGGUGGAGUUGAGUCUGGGGAGAUCGAACUAAAGAUAAAGUUCAUUGAUCCUCUUGAAACUCCCUCGAAGUAGUGGAGAAUCUAUGUUUUGCAUAGGCUUAGAUUUCUAACAAUGGGGGGAUGAGGUCCAAUAUGUGUGUAGUUUAGUCCAGUCUCAUGUAACCCCUUUAGAGAUGUUAAAGGCAUUCUCAGUGUAGAAUUAGUAUAAUUGUGAGUUGGCUCAAGUGGAACCUUGCUUGUGUAAUUUUUUUUUUCUAUAUGUUUUCAAGCAUGUUGAAAUAGGAGGCCAAGUGUUUGCAGGGGUUUGAUAUGAAUUUUAUCAGUGGUCUUUGCAUUUUAA